AUGGAUGAGGAUCAUAACGGACCAGUCGAUCCCUCCUCUGCCCGCUCUCUGAAAACCCGAUACGAGCAAGUCGAAGUGCAGCGCAAUCUUAAUAGGAUUUGCAUCUGCGGCCCAUUCGACAUGCCCGCAAAGAGUCGACAGGGAGCAUAG